AUGCUGCUGCGCUGUGUGCGUCCUCUGCGUCCACGCGCUGCAUCUCAUCGCCUCUAUGUGCACCCAUGGCGUACACUUGCAUCUGCUUCUUCUCCCAAUGCUCUCGAAAUCUGCAUCCGUGAGCGUCAACUGCCGCCUUUUGAGCGCUUAAAACUGAAGGAGAUCGAGCCCGCAGUAAAAAAAGCAGCAGCGGAUUACACGCGUGCGCUGCACGGGCUGGAGAAGAGACUUGCAAAAAGUAUCGAGAGGAAAGAUGUGCAGUUUUGCCAUGUGGUGGACCCGCUCGAGGUGCUGGGAGAUGCGCUGGGACGCCUGUGGGGCAUCGUCGGCCACCUCAUGAGUGUGUGCAACUCGGACGAGCUGCGUGCUGUGCAUGACAAGCUACAGGAGCUGGUGAUCCAGACUGUGACAGAGACUUCGCAGAGCAAGACUAUCUAUGAAGCGUACGUUGCAGUGCGCGAGGGCAAAGAGUGGAACACACUCGAGCGAGCGCAGCAGCGUGUGGUCGAGCUGAGUUUGAGGAGCGCUGAACUCAGUGGGGUUGGUCUUGAUGGCGACGAGCAAGAGAUGUAUAAUAAGCUCAAGCUGCGUGCAGCUGAAUUGAGCACCAAGUUUGGGUCGAAUCUGCUCGAUGCGACGAAAGCGUACGCGAUGACUGUGACGAAUAAAGACGAGGUGGAGGGACUGCCGUCUUCGCUACUGCAAAUGUUUGCUCAGAGAGCGCGUGACGAGGGUCACUUGGAUGCUACAUCUGAAAAUGGACCGUGGCGUGUAACGCUUGACCCGCCGUCAUACGUGCAGUUUAUGAAGUAUGCAGCAAAUCGGCCAUUGCGCGAAGAGCUGUAUCGUGCGUUCUCUACUCGCGCGAGCAGUGGCGCGUUUGAUAAUGAGAACAUUGUUGAUGAGUUGCUGAAAAUCCGUCAGCAGAUUGCCAAUCUUCUUGGAUUUGAUUCAUAUGCGGAAGUGAGUAUCUCGAAGAAAAUGGCGCCCAGUGUGGAAGAAGUCGAAAAAAUGCAUCACGAUCUGCGCAACAAGUGCGUCGCUAUAGCGCAUGAAGAGGUGAAGACAGUGGCGAAGUAUGCAGAGCAGCACGGACAGACCGAGCCUCUGGAGCCGUGGGAUCUUGGCUAUUGGUCGGAACAGCUCAAGGCGAAGAAGUAUCUGUUCACCGAUGAAGAGAUCAAGCCAUAUUUUCCACUCGAGCGCGUGCUGGAUGGUCUGUUCUCGCUCACGACACGGCUGUUUGGUGUGACCAUCGAAGCAGCUGAUGGCCAGGCUGAAGUCUGGAACCGGGAUGUGCGCUUUUUCAAUGUGCGCAGUGGUGAAGGUGACAAGAACGUCAUCGCUCAAUUCUACCUGGAUCCGUACUCUCGUCCGAGCGAGAAAAAUGGCGGUGCUUGGAUGAACACGUGCGUCGAUCGCAGCCGCAUGCUCGGUCCAAAGGAGCUAAACGGCAAGCGCAUUCCAGUAGCCUAUAUAAUCUGCAACCAAUCGCCACCUGUGGGUGAAACGCCUAGCCUGAUGACUUUCCGUGAGGUUGAGACAAUCUUUCACGAGUUCGGCCACGGCUUACAGCACAUGCUCACAAAAAUGGACUACAGCGACGUGGCAGGUAUUAACGGCAUCGAAUGGGACGCUGUUGAGAUUCCGUCGCAGAUGAUGGAAAACUUCUGCUACGACAAAGAUACGAUAGCAGAGAUCAGCGGGCACUACAAGACGGGUGAGGUGCUACCUGACGACUUAUUCGAAAAAAUCAAGGCGGCUCGCAACUUUAUGGUGGCUACGGGUAUGCUGCGUCAGCUAGGCUUUGGUGCCUUGGACAUGUACUUGCACUCGCACUACUCGUCAUUACAGGAGCCGCUGUUUGCAGUGCAGCAGCGUGUACUGGGAGAGUACGCCGUGCUCAAACCCCUAGAAGAAGACAGGUUCCUGUGCUCAUUCUCACACAUUUUCGCUGGUGGUUAUGCUGCAGGCUACUACAGCUACAAGUGGGCGGAAGUUUUGUCGUGUGACGCGUACAGCGCCUUUGAAGAAGCAGCAAAGGAGAGUCCUGAGGCUGUAACGUCUGUCGGGUACAAGUUUCGUGACACUAUCUUGGCCAGCGGUGGUGGUCAACACGCAGAGCAGGUCUUUGAGGCCUUUCGUGGCCGCAAGCCGUCUAUUACGCCGCUGCUGACACAGUACGGUCUGGCUGACAAGUAG